AAUAGGAGCAGCCAUGCGCACAAGUGUAUGUUCCCGGGCCGGUGCCUGGAGUUGGGGACCCCCCACCAACACUUAGGAGCGUAGUCCAGCGGGUGGGAAAAGCCACUGCUGCUCUUUUCAUCUGGUUCUCAGAUGCUGAGCAUCCUCACAUGGGUGUCGGCCCCUUGGGUUGGCUCUAAACACCCCCGCAGGGUCCUGGUUACCCCAGUGGGGUCGCUGCUCCACCAGGUACUGGACGCGCACCUCCAGAGUCACUGAUUUCCUCCCUGGCUUCCGCUGUGGCCCGACCGCCCUCCAAUAGGCACAACACGGCUGGCUGGGUUUUGCUUUUUAUCUUCAGAUUUAUGAGAUUGCACUGCAGUAACUUUUGCCGGACUUGGACGCACCCGAGCCUGCCGGCCUGUUCCCGGAGGGCAGACCUCUGCAUUAUGACCCGGCUGCUCGGCUACGUGGACCUCUCGGAACCCCACUUUGUGGCUGCCGUCCUUGCCAUUGUCUUCAAUCCACUCUUCUGGAAUGUGGUCGCGAGAUGGGAACACAAGACCCGAAAGCUGAGCAAGGCCUUUGGGUCCCCCCGCCUGGCCUGCUACACCCUGGGUGGGGCCAUCCUGCUCCUGAACAUCCUGCGCUCCCACUGCUUCACGCAGGCCAUGCUGAGCCAGCCCCGGAUGCAGAGCCUGGACAACCCCGCGGCCUACCACGUGGGCCUGGUGCUCCUGGGAGUGGGCGGCGUGUUCGUCUUUUCCAGUUUCCUGGCGCUGGGCUUCACCGGGACCUUCCUAGGUGACUACUUCGGGAUCCUCAAGGAGGCCAGAGUGACCAUGUUCCCGUUCAGCGUCCUGGACAACCCCAUGUACUGGGGCAGCACAGCCAUCUACCUGGGCUGGGCCAUCGUGCACGCCAGCCCCACCGGCCUGCUGCUGACCGCGGUGGUGGCACUCAUCUACAUGGUCGCCAUCCUGUAUGAGGAGCCCUUCACCGCUGAAAUCUAUCAGCAGAAAGCCUCCCAGGCCUGUAAGAGAAGCUGACGGCUGCCGCCACUCCGUGAGAGUUCCCACCUCAGGCCUGCCCCAAGCACAGGCCCCUUGAGGGGGAGAGCGGUGCUUGGCGAGGACUGUCCAGUGCCUUGAAAACACAGCUUGAGGGCUCUGGACAGGCGCCUUGUGGCCCCAGAGCCCCCUGCCCUGCUGCCCACCUUGUCCUGACUAAUAAAAGGCGCCUG